AUGUUCCAAUCCGUUGUUUUCGACAACGAGGGCCGUUUUGUGUGCCUACAAUCGUUCCUGCCCCCUCCGCCCGACCCCGAGGUGGAAGCCGUGUUUGACCUCCCCGAGGAGGAAUUCCUCGCCCUUUCCGCCAAGAUCUGCAAGGCCGAGAGGGAGGAAGAGGAGAAGCCCAAGCCCGCGCCCGAACCCGCGCCCAAGCCCGAGCCCGAGCCCGCGCCGCUCGACAGUAGCCUCCCACCUGGGGUGGACCAGGAAGACUGGUCAAUUUGGAGAGACGAGGAGGUCGGCGCCGAGGGGAGACUCAGACCAUCCAUCGAGGAUGGCGCUGUCAACGUAAGCCCGUACUUGGGCGACCUCAACACCGUCGUCUGCCGAAGAACAAAGACCCGGAGACGAUUGGACUCUAAACCGCACCACUUGAUGCGAACCAUGGUCCACACCAAUUGA